AUGCCGCGGCACUCUUCAAUUUUCCCCGGCGACACUCCAAGCCUGGAAGAGCUAGAGAGGCGGUAUAGGGCCGCCCGACACGAUCUGAGGGAGGAAACUGAACGCCGUGAGCGCCUGGAGAGGUUAAUCGAAAGACGCAGCGAGCUCGUCUCGAAUUAUCUGGAAGAGCAGAAGGAAUGGGCAAAGACCAGGGCCGACACGCUAAGGCAGAUGAACCCUUCAUAUGGCUCAGACGAGUGGGUGGAGUUCCAUAAAGCCUUGGCUCUCGAAGCAUUCAUCAAGAGGACGAUCAGAGCCUUGGGGCCUGCGAUGAGGUCGCCUCCGCAGUAG